AUGUUUUUCUCUUCAGAUCGGUCGACCUCUUCGUCAGAGCAAGCUAGACGCAGCCUACAGAGCAGUAUUCGCCUUGGAAGUUCACAAGGUCCUAUUGACAAGCGCCGUCUCAUCGAUAAGCAACAUCCGACAAACCACCGCGUGACAGUCCUGACGACUGAUAAUAACUCAGCCUAUAUUACCAAUCGGUCAGCCUCCCGGCUGCUCGAGGCUCGCGGUAUAGCGUCCCCCUAUUUAUCCACCUCGUCCCAGAAUAGCCAACGCGCUUGGGGUGACGCUACCCCACUUAGGACUUUGACACGUCGGACAUCGGACAUAGCAGCCAAUACAGAUUGCACAGCCGCCAACACUUGUGAUAGUGAAACCAAUGGUUCUGGAGACCAAGGCAUUGAAAUGCCUGAUACCCAGAUUCUUCUGCCUUCUCUGAUAAAAGGAUUAACGGCAACACUCUCUCCCAGCAGUGACUCGUCUGAUAAAAUAUCACAGGAAACUGAGUCCUCAACACCAGGAAUAGAUUUUCCGGUCAUCUGCUCCACUCGUCGUAUCCGCACUCGGCAACCGAUGCUUUCACCUACCCAUCUGCCUGCCCAAUUCUCAUUGCCAGCUUCUACCGGCGCUAACUGUUACUCGUAUCAUAUAGACAGAACAACCGCUUCCAACAUCACACCGGUCAUUUCCACACCAAACCACUCUCACUAUUUGAAUUCCGAAUCUUUCAUCAUUCCCUCUAGGCUGUAUCCCUCUACUGAGGCUUCAGGAGCUACCUCCUACCCAAUCCACCCUAGUGACAACUCUAAGAUUGUCCACACAUGCCCACCCGACAUUUUUGAAGGUGUCCAUCAGCGAGACCUUAUAUCCUCAAUUUCGCGUGCUCAGUCGAAUGCCUUUCAAACCAAUCAGAGCAUUAACCUUGAAAAUAAAUCUGAACUUACUUCAUCCUAUCCUUCUAGAUUCAGCCAUUCAACCUCACCUACUUCAUCUCCUCUGGCAGAUUCCACUGCUAGGGUUGGUGAGUUUGUUAUACAAGCUCAAACUGAUCAGCAAACUAGUUCAAGUUGCGAAGUGGCCGUACGGUUGAAUCAGCGUCUACCAAUUAGCCAAUCUAAGUCGCAGCAAACGAUUAUUUUUAAAGACAGCAAAGCUAUCUCUCAGUCGAGCACUCAG